AUGGGAGGUAUCCGCCGGAGAGGGCAGAGGUCUCACAAGCAGGAUGAGGCCGGCAGAGGUGGGGAGGCUGUGCCACUCAAUGAGGCCAGAGCAGUUCCCAAGCGCUCGCGGAGUGCCGCAGGUAUCAAGCCAGAUGCCGCUGAGGUCCUUCAAUGCAUAGAGACUUUGUACGUCGACAAACUGAAGCCCUUUGGUCGAAUUCUUCGGAAACGUGUCGCGGAACGCCAUGUCCAGAUUCACUUACAGCAGCAGCCGUAUAUGCCAGGAACCACGAUAGACCUGCCAGAUGUGGACAUCAAGCAUUUGAAGCAGAUUUGCGAAGAGUCGGACAUGUUGGACAUAGCGCCAGAGGAGGGUGGCGACUGGUCAGCCACUUUCCGGGGCCGAAGCCAGGUCUUCGUAGACAUCUACAGCCCUACAGACGAGCACGCUCUCGAGACUUGGCAGGCGGCCAGAGAGUAUUUCGACUCCCUGCCAGAGAGUGAAGCCCUUCUCCCUGGAGGCCGCUAUUCCUGCGCGCAAGCCCUGGUGCAAAGGAACCUGCCAUUUCUUGGUGGCUUUUCCUUGGGCGAGGUAUGCCACCUUGUGCAGCUGGCCAUCUCAAAGCACAAGAUUCUAGGCUACUGCAACGGAGCUGUCGUGCCUUAUAGCCGAUCUCAGUCUCGGGUGAAGGAGGAAUGUGCUGAGUCGCAGCAACCGUGCCUUCAUGCGCCGAAGGAGGAUCAAGCACUAUCCCUUGCGCUGGCCAGCCUGGAGAAGGCCAGGUCGCAUCUCAGAGAGAUUCUCAUUUCGGCAGAGGUCCCCGGCGCGAAUGGGCCGUCCAUGAUACCCUUGAGCAACGUGAAGCGUUUGUUCCGAUCGAGGUACCAGAUCGAGCUGAGUGAAACGGCUCUGGGGCACUCAAAGCUUUCAGAUCUGCUGCAGGAUCCGCGCUUCUCAGAUAUUUGCGAGGUGCAGCUUCAGGGACAGGGCUACAUCGUCGUGCAGGCCCAAGCCGGGCCGGACGACAAGGAGGUCCCGGGAUGCUAUACGGGAGGACCCAUCGCUUCAAAGGCUGACGCCUCCGAGAGCCAAAGAACUCUGGGAAGCCUUGCCAGCCUGGCUGUGGACUGCGCCCUGACGCCGGUGAUAGACAGCAGCAAGUACGACAGCAGGGACUUGGGCCCCGCCCGAGAGUCCUGCCGUCCGUUCUGCGUGGGCGAACCUUUAGCACUCGAGGAGGCCGGCUUCGACAGACUGCCGCCUGGCCUGGCCGACAGGGAGGUGAAGAACACCUUCAUCCAUUCGGCAGUCACGCCUCUGGUCACGCCAGAGCCUGGUUCUUUCCGUCGCUCGCAGUCCGUGCCGAAGGACGUGGGCUUUGCCUGCGCUGACAUGGACAAGAUCCUCUCCGCUGGGCACGAGACGUGCAGUGUUGCGCCCUCGCCUGCAUUUCUGCCGCCGCCGACACCAAGCUCGCCACUUUACUCGCGUGGCUACGAGGCGUUGUUGCUGUCGCAGAUGGAACAACACCCACUGAAUACCGUCAUUCGCCUUGCAGAUCUGAUCUGA